ACGGUCGGAGCAAAAUCCCUGGUCCAUCGCGCGCGGAGAAGAAAUCACGAUGAGGCUCGGACUUUUCGUCCUCCUCGGCCUCGCGGUUUGCGCCGCGCAAACGCCUGAAAAAGAGACCGACGCCUACUAUCCAGCUCCGUAUUUCGACGAAGGAGAAAACUUGAGUAGCCAGAACUGUGGAAAUAACGAAACAGAUCUAUAUGAUAACAAAUGGUUCGUUUAUGUUCGAAACAUACGUAAUCAAGAAUGGUGCGGUUUUAUAGCUAUUUCUCAAAGGACUAUUCUAACUGAAGGUAACAUGAAUAUCUCGCUUAGAAUAUCAAAAUCAGAGUUUCUUUAUUGUCUAGAUGAUUAUUGCUAUAUAUAUUUCAACAAAAAUGAUACAACUGAUCUACGGGUCUUUCCGGAUAAAUGUUUUCAUCGCGAAACAGAUGAGGAAUGCACCAGAUUGUCCGUCAAAGUACUGGAUGUAUUUAAAAUGGCCAUAAGUCCGACUUCUACUGAUAAAUUGACGAUUUUGAUAACCGAGAAAAUGCCGAGCGUGGUAGCUCCCUUUUGUUUGUUUAACCGUGACAACGCGAUGGACUCGCAACUUCAAAGAGAAUCAACCUACUUCCAAUGGACACCAUGGAACGACACGCUUUUUCGAUCUAUCUCAGUGAGGAGCCAAAGCAACUGUAGCAGAAUUCUAAACAGAGCUGAAUUGAGAGAUUUGAAAAGAAGUAAAAUUCCCAUCCAGAAUAUCCUGUGUGUCGAGGAAACCGAUUAUGAAAGUGAUUUUCUGAUCAAUUUCUACAAAGGCCGGUUUUUCUUGAGAGGUUUCAAAUAUUAUUCGAACCACCGUUUUUACAUUGAUAUAUUGCCAUACAUUGACGAGAUCGCAAUGCACGCAAAAGGCAUUUCUGCUCUACGCCCAAUCCCGAAAACAAAACAACCGAGAGGUAAUUUAACACAAAAAUUAAGCUCACAGCAAUUGAGUUUAUCUUUAAAAAAAGGAUUCUCCGUGCCUGGCAACCUCAGUUUCCAAAACUGCGGAAGGAAACCGACGUCAACAAGAAGGAAAAGAGAAAAUGACGAUUCUUCCACAGAAUUACCACCGACUAGUCAUAUUUUCGGUGGACAAAUGGCUCAGACAGGCGACCAUCCUUGGCACGUUUACAUUAAGAAUGAGGAGACAGGAGGAGCCUGCGGCGGGACAUUGAUUUCGCCGACAGUAGUUUUGACUGCUGCUCAUUGCAUUUAUGGAUCAAAAGCAGAGGACUUCAGAGUAUUUGUUGGGAUGUACCAUAAAAUACACAGAACAUCCUCUGGUGUUCAGAGAAGAAAGCUCAGCAGUAUGAUCACGCACCCGAAAUAUGACCCAUCGGAAUUCAUUAGUGAUAUCGGACUCAUGAUUUUGAGCAAAAAAGUCGAGAUAUCCGAUAACGUCCGACCGAUUUGCUUGUGGAACGACGACUCUGACUCAAACUUGGCUCGCGUGGCUGGAACCAAAGCUAUGGCGGUUGGGUUCGGGCUUGCUGACAACUACACGCUGCCAGAUGAGCUGCAAGAGGCUCGACUUCCGAUUAGAGGUCACAAGGAGUGCUAUUUAUCAAACAGGAGGUUUUUCGGGAAAUAUUUGCGUCCGGGAGACAACUUUUGCGCCGGCUACACUAAUGGAACGACCACUUGCAACGGGGACAGCGGAGGCAGCCUCUCCGUGGAAAAAGACGGCCGUUGGUUCAUCAGGGGCAUCGUCAGCUUUGGAACGUCGAAAAAAGUGGAGUUUGGAGGCAAUGAAACGCUGUUGUGUGACCCAAAUCAAUAUACGUUGUUUGCUGACAUCGCGAGAUCCAUCGACUGGAUCGUUCCAAACACGCCGGAAAUUUCAUUCCGAAAAAUCGAAAGUCGUUGGUGGUAUUCUAUUUUUUUUGGAAAAUGAAGAUUGGCCUGAUUAAGGUCAUAUAGUAAAGGUUGAACAGUAAAGAGUAGAUAGAUAGAUAAUCUUUCAAAGACAUGUUUUUUCUAUGGUCUUUGUAAAUAAAUGGUUAUAGAAGUUUUGA